UAAGCAAAUGCCAGAAUGUUGUUCAAUACCCAAUAUUCUAGCAAACACAGACAAAGCGUGGGAUACAUGUAUUGAAAAAAGAAAUAAUACUAUGGACAAGCCUCACCCUCUUCCUCCAGAUCACAAAGAAAAUGGAAAAGGUCAUGGACCACCAUGUUUAUUCCAAUGUGUAUUCAUAAAUAGUGGAUUAGCUGACCAGGAUGGAAAACUUGAUGAGCAAAAAGUUUCUAGUAAAAUAAGUGAAGUAUUGAAAGGUGAUCCUAAAUGGGGAUCUUUUGAAUGGCAGCAAUCAUUAAAUAAAUGCUUUUCUGAAAUAAAAAAUUUAAAAGAAGAACAAAAUAAUCAUAUGAUGGAUACACCAUCAGGUAGAUUAAUGAAAUGUUUCCUUAGAGACUUAUAUUUGAAUUGUCCUUAUAAUGCUUGGGUAGAAAGUUCUGAAUGUACUAGCCAAAAGACUUUAGUACAAAAUUGUCCAAUGUUACCACCACCCGUUCUUAAACACGGACCACCAAAAAAGAAUUAAUUUUCGAAUUUAGAAGCAACACAUUAAAUAAAUUAUCUAGUUAUUAAAGUUUAAUUUUCACCAAUAUUUUACUAAGAACACCAAUUUGUAUGUAUUGAAAUAAAUUUAAUUUGAUAGUA